GCCGGAGACGGGAAGCAACAGCAGGCGGUAACGGGAUUGGCUGGCUUCAAUUCUGGCUUGCGAGAUUGAUUGGAAAUAGAUUAAUUGCACCCCCUAACCCUUUGGGGGCUUAGCCCUGACUGGUGCCCCUCACUAUUCCAUUCAGUCUAUAUUCCAUCUCCUCCUCCUCAUGCUGCUUUCUGAUGUGGGCAAAUCCUCUGCUUCAAAUAUUACAGCUUUGGAGAAACAGAUUUUCCACUACAUCGAUGAAAAUCAAAAUAAAUUUGUUCAGGUUCUUAAGGAGUGGGUGGCAGUGGAAAGCGAUUCCAUACAACCAAAAUACAGACAAAACAUAACACAAAUGAUAGAGAUAGCUAAAGACAAACUUCAAGCCUUAGGAGCUGACGUGUGCAUAAUCAACUUGCCCAUUCACCAGAAUUCAAGUUCAACUGAGCCAAGAAACUUGGGAAUGAAUAAAGAAAAAAAUAAUUUUUCUUGCAGAAAGGGUGUACUCCAACAUAAAAUUCAUACAACCAAUUCUCCAAAGCUACAGAAUUACUGGUAUGAAGUUGUGGUCCAAUAUUCCUUGCAGCAGGAUGACCAGAACAGUGCUUUACCACCUGUCAUUCUAGCAGAGCUUGGAAAAGAUGAAAACAAACCCACUGUGUGUUUUUAUGGGCACUUGGAUGUGAUGCCUGCCAAAAAGGCAGAUGGGUGGGAAACUGAUCCAUAUAUACUGACUGAAAGAAAUGGAAACCUUUAUGGACGUGGAGCAACAGAUGAUAAGGGACCUGUUUUAGCCUGGAUACAUGCAGUGGAAGCUUUCAGAUUACAAAACUUAAAGAUACCUGUGAACAUCAAGUUUGUUCUUGAAGGCAUGGAAGAAGCAGGGUCCACUGGGCUAGAAGACUUAAUUAAAAAUGAAAAUGAGAGAUUUUUCUCCAACAUUAGCUAUAUUGUGAUUUCAGAUAAUACUUGGCUCAGCAAGAGCACACCAGCUCUUACGUACGGAAGUCGGGGGAAUGCCUGCUUUGCUGUGACGGUGGAAGGUGGUGUAAAAGACCUUCAUUCUGGAGCUGCAGGUGGCAUCGUCCAUGAACCUAUGUCUGACCUGAUAGCUCUGCUUGACAGUCUUGUGGAUUCAUCAGGUCACAUUCUGAUCCCCGGAAUCUAUGAUGAUGUUUCUUGUAUUGUGGAAGAGCAAAAGAAGCAGUAUGAGCCAAUAGCAUUUAACUUAACAGAAUAUAAAGCUGAUGUUGGAGUAACAACGCUUCUGUACGACACCAAGGAAGAUAUACUCUCACACUUGUGGUGUUACCCAUCUCUCUCUGUCCAUGGAAUAGAAGGAGCUUUUCAUGAACCAGGGAUCAAAACAGUUAUACCAAGAAAAGUUAUAGGGAAAUUUUCAAUUCGGCAAGUCCCUGAUAUGAACCUCACUACUGUGGAAACUCAGGUGAAACAGCAUUUAAGAGAUGUCUUUGCUAAACGGCAAAGCCCAAACAAAUUGACAGUAGAGAUGACGCUGGGUGCGAUGCCAUGGUUUGCUGACAGCCGUGAGCCUCAGUAUGAAGCAGCUAAAAAGGCAAUCAAAAAAGUUUUUCAAAAGGAUCCAGAUAUGAUUCGGGAUGGAUCAACAAUUCCAAUUGCUAGUAUGUUUGAGAAAAUAACAAAGAAGAAAGUGAUGAUGUUUCCAAUUGGAGCAUCAGAUGACGGGGAGCACUCCCAGCAAGAGAAAAUAAGCAGAUAUAAUUACAUUAAUGGAACAAAAGUGUUUGCCUCCUUUUUACUGGAAAUCUCAGAGCUCCAUAAGGAUUAAGAGGAAGCCUCCAGCUGCAAGACUGUAAAAUAAGGACCCAUGAAGGGGAUAAAGUUCCGUCUGCCUACCAGUUUUUCACUCCUCCAGAUCCUUAACAAAUAAAGAGAAUAAUAUAAUAUUCAUGGAACACAAGGGAUGGUAAUUUCCAACAGUUAUUUGCAUGUGUGCUACACAGCAACAUUCUCCUUCUCAUUCUGAAUGCAUUUUGUUAAUCCAAUUUGUGGAUUUCAAUAUAAUGUAUAUAUUUCUCUCUCAGCAGUACACAAAUGUCCACUUGCAUUGAUAGUUCUGCUGUUCUUGGUAAAGUAGCCCAAGAAUAUUUUGAGCUAUGUUUCCACCUGUGCUCAUUUCCUGUCAAAGGGGCCUUAGUGUGGUAUGUUUUAACUUCCUUUAGGCUCAAGGUUCCUUUAGGCUCAAGGUUGACUCAGCCUUCCAUCCUUCUGAGGUCGGUAAAAUGAGUACCCAGAAUGUUGGGGGCAAUAUGCUAAAAAUCAUUGUAAACCGCUUAGAGAGCUCCGGCUAUAGAGCGGUAUAUAAGUGUAAGUGCUAUUGCUAUUUAUAGAUCUUGUGAGUUUAAUAGCAUGACAAGGCAGAGCCACAAUGCAUGGGUGCCAAGAAGUUUCCCCUGUCUAUUAUUCAAUUGUACCACUUCACAGGCACAACAGCCCAUUAUGUUCUAUUAGGGGCUACAAACACCUGUUCCCUCUUUUGAAGUUUAGUGUUUAGGCAUAAUCAUGUUCUUCUCUGUACUUCUAGACAAUAAAAGCAAUCCUUUUCAAUUA